GAUGUAUCAUCCCAACGGGUUGUUCCCCAAUUCAGUCAAUCAUCUUGACAACCUGGCAGCUAGCAAACAAACAAUCACAUCUCAUUCCCUUCCGUUCGUCGAGGUACCCAUCCCUUGAACUGCCAGACCAGACGCACCGGCACCACAUCACCGCGGCGUGACCCGACCUCCCCCCGGCGUUUGCAUAUCGCCCUUUGAACUGAAGCUUACAGGACGCAUUUCGAACCUGAACUUCUUUCGAUCGUUCAUCCGGGAUCCAAAUCAGGAUGCCUGCAUCUAAACAACAUCCCGACUUGCUGUCAUGCAACUUUAAUCAAGAUUUUAGCUGCGUGUCGGUAGGUACCAAGAAGGGGUACAGUAUCAUCAACUGCGAUCCGUAUGGCAAGAUGUACUCUAAGAAUGAAGGAGCGACUGCCAUCGUGGAAAUGUUGUUCUGCACCUCUUUGGUCGCGCUCGUCAGUGCGGGUGACAAGCCAUCGGCGAGUCCCAGGCGGUUACAGAUCGUCAAUACCAAGCGACAAUCCACCAUCUGCGAGCUCUUGUUCCCAACGGCCAUCCUCGCCGUACGGAUGAACAGAAAGAGACUGGUCGUCGUACUUGAACUGGAGAUAUACAUUUACGAUAUCUCAACCAUGAAACUGCUUCAUACCCUAGAUACCGGUCCGAACUCGAGCGCUAUCUGCGCAUUGUCACCAUCGAAUGACAACUCGUACCUCGCUUACCCCGCCCCGAUCCCCACCGCCUCGUCACCCCUCUCGAACCAACCUCCGGCACCCUCUCAAUCCAGCUCGAUCGGCUCAAUCUUGAUCUUUGACACGAUCACCUUGACGGCCGUUAACAUGAUCCAGGCACACAAGUCGCCCAUUGCUGCAAUGGCCAUCAAUUCUCAGGGGACCAUGCUGGCUACGGCCUCCGACAAGGGGACCGUCAUCCGGGUGUUCAGCGUACCCGAUGCCAAAAAGCUGGGGGAGUAUCGGAGAGGAUCCAAGAGCGCCAGGGUAUUCAGCAUGAACUUUAACGCCGUGGGGUCGCUGCUCGCCGUCAGUUCGGACACUGAAACGGUACACGUGUACAACUUGCUCGAGACGACGACCAAGUCUGGGAGCGGGACGAGACGCGCAGGCGAUCUGAGCAGGACGGAGUCCCACGGAGGUGUCAAACCGCACUCUCCCCCAGCUUCUGAAGCUCCAUCUUCGCCUACAUUGUCGGCGACCAACUCGACGGGCAACGGGACCGGUCGACCAGGUGGUCUUGCAGAUGCGUCAGCGCAAUCGGCAGGAGCUAGCUUUUCUCGACGCAGUUUCCACCUGGGCAAGAAUCUGGUGGCAGGGAUGGGGGGUUACCUGCCGAACCGCGUGACAGAGGUCUGGGAACCUAGGCGGGAUUUCGCCUUUUGCAAGCUACGAGGAGGGGCGGGUGGACGUAGCGUUGUUGCCAUGAGUCCCAACUCGUCACACGUCUUGGUCAUCACCGCAGAAGGUCUCUUUCAGGCCUAUGCGAUCGACCUACAACAAGGCGGUGAAUGCGCAUUGGUCAGAGAAUAUCCCCUGAUCACGGGAGAUGAUGGGCCCAAUUCUAUGAUGGACUAAGACUUAGACUGUCGCUUGGUACGGGAUCAAUUGUAAUUCGAUGUCUUUUUGUUUUCCGGGGCGCAUGUAACAAUUGUAAUGCGGUUGUAAGCGAUGUUUAUUCAACGACUUUGACAUGCUUCUG